UAUGGCUUUUGUUGAUUAUUUUAGACUACGAUUUUGACUUGGUAAGAAAUUUGGGGAUAGGCAAAAAUUCGAGUUAAUAUUUGGGUUACAUCAUAUAUAAAAUUAUUAGAGUGAAUGUAACAACUUUUUAAUAAAAUGUCUGAUAUAAAACAAGUUCGGAAUAAACAGCUCUUACCAGACCUUAGAAAGGAGGGCGAGCUGUCGAAAGAAAUUAUUUUGUCCACUAAGGAGAAACAUGGUGUCCCUGCUGGGUCCAGAUUGUUUUCCCAUCAUACCCUAGCCAGUAUUAGAAGGCUUAGCUUUUUUCAUCCAUUCCACUUGCCAGAUGACAGUCUCGACUUCAUUCUUUCCGCUACAUACAAUCAUUCUACAGAGCAGUUUGCCGAUAAAGAAGACCUUUAUUUGCAGCCGGAAACGCAUGGAUGCGACACGUGGCGACGGUUGAGAAAUACAUUCAAUAAAUGCCCACCUGUUGUUAUCCCCUUGGGCCAUCCGAUGAAGCUUGGAGGCGUCAAGGAGCACAAAUCUCCUUUCAGUGUGAAAUUGAUGAAUUCUGGAGUGCAUUCCUCGCAAACUAAUCCUGGAUAUAGCAGACAACCAGCUGGUGGCGCAAUCUUUUUCUAUUAAUAAUUUUGUAAGUUUUACUAAUAAUGUUACAAUGAUUAUGCCGUGCAUAGUUGGUUACAGAACCGGAUUAAAUAUGUCGGAUCCCCUAGACAAUGUAUGUCUUACUCAUAAAAAAUACAGCUAUAAUAUUACUCUACAUAUAAUAAAUUGAAAUGUGUUACGAAAUAUAGUGAGAUAUGACGAUGUAUAAUAAAGAAAAAAAGAAACAAGGCAAUAAUUUGUCAGAAGAAAUCUUCAGAUGUAAUUUUCAUAUAAAGAAACUUUCUCGAAAAAAGUUUUUUUCUGGGCACGGGACAUCUGCUAUUAAAGGGCUCCUAGGUAAUUGCCUAUACUGCCUAAUUUAUAAUCCGGCCCUGGAUACUUACGUAAUUAUACACAGAAAUUGUAGCCGUGAAAUAUGCCUAGGAGUAUUGCAUAAAAAAAAAAAAAACUACCCAAUGAAUAUUUAAAAAUGUUUACUGUUAUGUCAUACUUGUACCAAAUCAUACGGUGGCGUGGCGUAUAAAUGAUAAUUUUUUCGAUAAUCCGCUCUGUUUGGAUUAAAAUAAGGUCAUUAAUAAUUUGAAAUUUACCGUUCUGUAACAACGCAUCUAGAUUAGUACAUUCCAAACUUUGGCACUUAAUUGUAAAUCGGAUGACUGAUUAAAUGUACCUACAAUGGCACAAUCAUAAGAAUACAUAAUAUCAGUGGUACUAGUAAUUACUAGAAACUUGCUAUUUCAAUAUAUUCCACUAGCAUCGCCUGGGCCUUUAUAGUAAAUAUUAUUCACCAUAAAAGCCUUAUUUUUGUUUUAAAAAAUUAAUAUGUAUUUUUUUUUAUACAACUUAGUAUGGAAUGGAGCAAACAAGCUGACGGCCCACCUGAUGGAAAGUGGUAACCGUCGCCUAUAGACAUGAGCAGUACCAUGGACAUAACAGAGUAUACUGUUUCGCCCAUGAUACCCGCCAUGCGUUGCCAUUCCUGAGGACUCGGAUGUUAUUCCUCUGUACCCUGUAAAUACACGCCAUAUCCCACCCUUCAAACCGAAACACAGCCAUGCAAACACAACUUUACAAGUUACACGGUUUUUUUUUUUAAUUUAUACCUAUUGUACAGAUAUUAAAAGAAGUUGUAAGUAAGAAGAAAGGAUAGUUAAUUUCAUUAUCUGUUUUCGAUUUUUGAAAAUCGAAAUGUUAUGUGUUUCUUUCUAAGCAUGCGAAAAAAAGUUUACGUGAAUUUUGUGUCGUGUUAUAUGUACAAUCGCACCUUUUGUGUGAAAGUAGGUAGAUGCGGUUAGUAUUUCGGCCGUUGGUGUUGGCGAUAUCUUGGUUACCAAUAUGCUUAUAAAUAUCUUAAUCCCAGACCGAUCCAUAUAUGGGUAUUGACUCGGAGACAAACUUAGUGCAAAUAGGUCCGCGUGUGGCAAAGGACAUAAGGGAUGUUGAGUUUGUCUCGUUUUCUUUUUUUGUUGUUGAAGUGUCGUCUUUUUUAUGUGUUGUCAAUAAAGGUGUAUAUUUUAAAUUUGUAUUUUAAUUGUGUUAUAUCAUCGUUAUAAUAUAUCAUAAUUUACGAUGUUUAAUUGAAAUUUACAAGUGGACAAUCAUUUUAUUUUAUACAACUUAGAAUGGCAAACAAGCUAACGGCCCACCUGAUGGAA